AACUCAAAGACAGAGUAAAGUUGGAUCCACCUUCCAACCUCACUGUGGAGUACAGGUCUGACUCCAGGUUGUGUUUCAAGUGGAUGAAAAUGAACGAUUGUGUUGAGAGCCAGGUCCGCUACAGACUCAACAACAACAACUGGCAGGAAUACAUGAUGAGUGACAACAUUCUAGAGUAUUGCUUUAACUUGCCAUCAAACCCGUCCCGUUACGAGCUGCAGGUACGGAAUCGCGUGAACAACAACUGUGGCUCUUCUAAUCUGUGGAGUGAAUGGAGUGAACCAGUUGCCUGGGGCGCCCACAAUAAGACAGAUGUGGACUGUAUGGUGAUUGGUAUGAAAUAUGUGCAAUGUUUAUGGAAUACUUUGGAUGUCAAUUACACUUUUUACAGUGGAUUUGACGGUGAAUCCUUUCGUGAAUGUGAUACCUACAUAGUCAAGGAUGGCCUGAAUGUUGGAUGCAAUCAGCCCGAAGCCAACAGCAAACUUUGGACAAAAAGAUUUGAAACAUUUUUAACUAAACUUCAAAAAGGAAACCAGAAUUAUCUCCAGGAACAUGAACUCAAAGACAGAGUAAAGUUGGAUCCACCUUCCAACCUCACUGUGGAGUACAGGUCUGACUCCAGGUUGUGUUUCAAGUGGAUGCAAAUGAACGAUUGUGUUGAGAGCCAGGUCCGCUACAGACUCAACAACAACAACUGGCAGGAAUACAUGAUGAGUGACAACAUUCCAGAGUAUUGCUUUAACUUGCCAUCAAACUCGUCCCGUUACGAGCUGCAGGUACGGAAUCGCGUGAACAUCAACUGUGGCUCUUCUAAUCUGUGGAGCGAAUGGAGUGAACCAGUCGCCUGGGGCGCCCACAACAUGACAUACUCAACUCAGCUGCAUGACUCUGUGAAUGUGUGGACUGUGGUCAUGUACUUUGUGGGAGGGGCCAUUCUGCUCUUGCUGAUUGUUAUGUUGUUGCAUCAUGAGAGAAUCCGGAUCAUCCUUAUUCCGGUUGUUCCUAAACCGUCUCAUGACUUGGAGGAGUGGUUAGACAACUCCAAAGGCCUAAAGGAGGUUUUUAAGACUAGCUACACAGAGCACACCUGUUCAGUCCAAGAGUACUGCCCUGUGCCUCUCUCUGACAGCGAGAGCUCAGACUCCUCCAUCAUUUCUGUCAGCACAGAUCAAACCGACUGCUAUAACAACAUCCCGAAUCCAGACCUUAGCCAUCCGGGACCCUCCUCCUCCAGCGCUGAGUUUGAUCCACCUGAAGAGCAGCACGUCUCUGUUUAGCAAAGAGGUGAAAUUUACAUGUCAGUUAUUAGGAUGCAGACAUUGUGCAUCUAAAUCAAUGCCCAAAAUUCAAAUGAAUUUUGUCUAGAUGUACAUAUAAACUGUGUGUGUAUUUCAUUUAUGUGAUAGUAAGUAAGGGCAUUGCAGCACCUGAUACCACUGUAGUGAUAUCUAUGAAAGGCCCAUUUCUUACCCUGCCCAAAACAGCAAGUAAUUACUUUUUCAGGUUUUUAGAAAUAUGCUUUGAUCAAUAUUUUUCACAUUGUACCAUUACAAGUAGGCCUGAGCAAGCCUAAGUUUGUGUGUAAGUAUCCUACAGCACACACCUACUGCACACAUUGUUGAACAAGUCUAGUUGGUAUAAGUAGUUUGUGUUGCAUUUUUGUAUGAAAAGCGCUAUAUAAAUAAAGUUUGUUGAUGUUG